GCACAAAUUGCCCGCCUUUUUUGUGGCAAAUUCUGAGAUUCGGGUGCAAAGGACACCAGCCUGGUGGAAGAUGGCUCCAAAGCUUCGGCUUGGCAAAAAGUCCGAUGCAGCGACCGAGAGCCACGUGGAGCGCAUGGCGCGGUUGAGCUUGCAGAAGGCCAACGACAGCCUUCCCGAGAUGGACCGGCUGCUGAACACGCUGCCCAAAGCGGUAAAGCAGUUCGUGGACGCGUAUAGCGGCCUGAGCAGCGAGGAGCUGCUGCUGAAGGCGCCUGCGUCGCUGGAGCCGGCAAAGACCCUGCGCCAGGUCGCUUGGCAUUUCCGAGACUUAUCCUGGAGGACUUCCCUGAAGCCCGAGCAGGCGUCCAUGCUGUGCAAAGUCUUCGCGGAUCCGCUGCACCUGAUUCAGGUGCUCGUGACUCUUGUGGGAGGCCUGGAUCUGCAGGGCUUGCUCGGCAAGGGCGUGAGCUCGGCGGCGCUGCUAGGCGCGUUCCUCCUGGGCCUCGAGGUGUCGACGCUCUACUGCGUGCUCGCCAGCAGCUUCGGUGUGCCUGUGACCCUGGUUGUAGAGGAGGUGAGCCUGGGCAUCGUGAGGUGCCUCAAGGAGUCCCUGAGGCAAAUCAUCGCCCCCAUGCUGUCGCCCGACGGCGAGAGGAGUCGGAAGGCCACCGCCCACGACACAGGAGUAGACUUGCCCUUCAGUGCUGAAGAGGGCACCACGCUGUGCACCUGCGUGGCAGACCUCAUGCAGGCCAUGCACGAGUUUCUGAGCCGGCAUAAGCUGGGUGAGGACCAGUUGCACCAGCUCAUCCACAUGGCGCUGAGCGUUUUCUUCCUGGAGCCCAACUUCCGGCUCUGUUCCACCGCGGAGGAGGUGCUGGUGACCAUCUUCUCCCGGCACAGCGCGCUGCGGGGCUCCGUGCUGCAGGAGUUCCUGAGCCGCGCGCCGCGGCUGCCCAGCGGCAAGAAGGCCAAGAAGUUCCAGCUGCCGGCCACCGAGGACAGUGCGGCGUAUGGCCUGAGCACCUGGACGCACCUGCUUCUGCGUCUUUGUCAGUCCAGCUGUUUGCCCCUGCGGGAGCCCAUUGGGGCCAACGUGGACUUCGACAACCUGCUGUCGCAGCGCCCGGCCUCGCAGAGUGUGGUGUCCCAGCUCAUGGCGGGGCUUCUGCAGCGCCUGGUGCUGUCCAGAAGCAAGGACGAGGAGGCGCGAGCCAUCCUGGAGGACUUUGCCGAGGAGUUGCUGCACGUGGCCUUCAAGCCCAUGUGGCCCGCCGCGGUGGCGCUGCUGCGGCUGUUGCUGCAACAGCUCAUCGGCCUGUUACAGGAGAAGAAGCAGGCUGGCGACAUCACCGUGCGCGAGUUUGCGCUCAAGCUUUUGAGCAAGGCAGAAGUCCGGCUGUGGCACCACGCGGUGCAGACCGCCCAGGACCUCAUCAAACUGCCCGCCUGGACGGAUCCGCCGGAGGAGGUGUCCAAGGACCGCCGGCUUCUCCAGCACAUCGCUUUGCGGGUGUCGCUGGAGGAUGGUCGGGACCUGCCCUGGUCACAUGCUGCGCGUGCAGUGGAGGCCUGGGACGCGGAGCUCUUCCUGGCCAAGGGCGCCACGGACGCGCAGGCGCAAGGUCUGAAGAGCUUCAGCGACGAGAUGGUCUUCCUCCACCUGACCAUGGCCUUCCUGGCCGACGAGUGCGUGGUGCCGCUGCUCCUGCCGCCCACGACGAUUGUCGACGGCGCUGCCACGGGCGCCCCCGCCGCGCCGCUGUCCGGCUGCGUCUUUGAUGCCAGCCACCCGGUGCAUGCCUGGAGCUUCCUGGUCUGCGACCUCUCGGAGGCCGCCCAAGAUCCGGAGGCCAACAAGAAGAAAGGCUCGCCCAUGCAGCGCUUUUUGGCCUCCGCUUGGUGCUCCCCUACUCUGGUCUGUGACACUGCGAGCUGGCGAGGUGUCGGUGGCCGUCGCGUUCUGCUUCCCUACACCGUCUACAAGGUGUAUCGACAGCUCCGCUCCAACGAGCUGGCGAACCUGCGUCGAGCUGCCUUAGACUGCAUCAUUAUGCAAGCCAACUCGGCUCAGGCUUCUCUGCGGAAGACUGCAAUGCGAGCAUUGAGUGAGCUGGUGGACCUGGACAUCUCGGUCCUAACUUUGAGGCCCGUGGAAGAGACGGUGGAGAUGCGGCUUCGGGACGAGUCCUCCUGGGUGCGCCAGGUGUCGUUGGACCUGCUGGGCCGCAUCUUGGAAGGCAGCCUUGCGGAGGGCCACUCGGGCGAGGCCACUCCCAAGCUCUUGAGCAUGGAGGGCUCGGAGGCUACGGCGCGCUCGAUGCUGCUCCGCUUUCACAAGACAGUCCGCGGGCGGGUGAACGACACCGCGGUGAUCGUGCGGCGCCAGGCCACCAAGAUCCUCAGCGCCUUCGUGCUGAACCAUCCGGAUCACCCGGACGUGGUGCCGGUGACUCUGGACCUGCUGCGCCGCUCCACGGACUCCGAGGCCUUGCGUAACCUGGUGAUGGGCACCUUUGAGCUUCUGUGGUUCAUGGACGACGAGCCCACGCCGGAGGCUGCGCGUCAGCUGUCCCGGGUGGUGGAUGCCUCUAAAAGCAUCGCCUGCAUGGGGGACGUGCUCACGGAGCUGCUCCGGCGCUUCCGGAAGACCAUCGGCUCCAAGAAGAACUCCAAGGGUUAUGAGUUCGCCAUCCGGCGCUGGACCACGCUGAUCCUCAACGAGUUCGUCCAACUGAAGUGCAAGCAGCCACCCGUGGGAAAGAAAACCAAGGGCUCGGCCAAAGAGCCGCAUCUCAGCGCGGAGGAGCAGUGGCUGCUGCGGCGCUCGCUGCUGUCGACGCUCGAGGCCUUUGCGGCGGCUCAGCCCAAGGACCUGCUGGUCCACUUGCGGCCCUUGACCAUCUACCUUGCUUUGGAGGACGACUCCACGGCCGAGGAGCAGUGGGUGGCCAUCAAGGUCUGUCGCAUUCUGUCGACCGUGCUCCCCUAUGUCGCUGAGAGGCGUGGCUUGAUGGAUCACCGACAGGUGCAAGUGGACCUGCAGGCCUUAAUCCGGAGUCAGCCUUCCAGCGGUGUGCACGAAGCGGUGCGUUGCUUGUGCCUCGUGGUCAAGUAUGUCACCGGGGACCUUGGGCAGAUUGUCACCCACAUGAACGUGGCGGUGCCCUCGCUGACAAAGCUGUGCAGCAUGGGGGAGGAGCUGGGCACUUUGGAGCAGAUCCAGGUGAUGUACAUGAGCCGCCAGGCCUGGAUUUUGGCCUCGAUCCUGGAGAGCCUCUCCAUUGACGACUACAUUCACCUGGAGGGGGUUGCAGACCAGCCGCGGCGGGUGCUGCCCCGCUCCGAGCUGAAGUUCGAGCUGCUGAGCGGCUCUGUGGCGGCCACGGUGGCCGACAUCCUGCUGAGGAUGUACGGCCUGGGUGGCGCGCAGCUGCGUGCGGUGGCGGCCUCCUGCAUGGGCUUCUUCCUGAAGGGCCAGCGCAGCUUCACCAAGGACAAGCGGAUCUCGGAGCUGCUGGCGGGGUCCCUGAGCAGCGGGGACCUGCUGCUCUGCCGGAAAGGCUUGGAGACAUUGAGCGCGCUGCUGGGGCAUUUCCGGGUGGAGGCGGACAAGGAGUCCAAGGCGGGGGCGGUAGACUUUGCGGACAGCCGGGACCAUCGAGUGGCGGGGAAGUCCAAGGAGACCACCACCAACAGCGCCAUCGAGGCCGCCCAGCCCUUGGCCGCCUUCGCCGACCAGGCCUUGGCGCACAUCAGCCUCAGCGGCUCCGUGGGCCCGGCCGCCAAGCCCAAGAAGUCGCGGAAGCGGUCGGCCUCGGUGGCUCCACCCACCCCGCCCACGCCCACGCAGGAGCCCACGGCGGCUCCAGAGGAUCGCGCGGAGGGGGUGCUGCGUGUGCGGGUGGAGGCCCUGGCGGUGGUACGGCACCUGCACCAGCAGGGCCUGGUGAACCCUAUGGCGGUGCUGCCAAAGGUCUUCGCGCUCGCCUUUGCGGGGGAUGUGCGCUUGUCCGAGCCGGCGACCGUGAUGCUCAAGGAGAUGCUGGAGCUCAGGCCGAACCUGCUGCUGAACCGCCUGGACGAGGCCUUCCGGGAAGCCUUCCUGGCGCUGCUCUGCGGCACCCCCGUGCACCUGGGGGAGGCGCUGGCGCCUCAGCAGCUGGCGGGCCUCGGGGACGUCUACGCCGAGCGCUUCCGCAAGCAGAAGGCGAUCCGGGACAGCUUCCUGCGGAAGGCGCUGCAGCAGAUGCAGAAGCUCAACUUCGGGCGCUUCGAGGAGCGCUUUGCGGAGCUGGCGGCGCUGGGGGUGGUGGACGAAGAGUCGGAAAGCCGGCGAGCGCCGGGCACGCCGCGCAGGGCCAAGGUGGGGCAGCUGCCGCUGCGGCAACGCCAGCAGCUGCUCUACGCACAGUUCAUCGCCUCCGCGGUGGGCGCUCUGCCCUUCGCUUUCGAGAGCGAGCCCCUGCUGCUGGUCUUCGAGUGCAACCACCACCUGAGUUUGCACGCCGGAACUCUCCUCGCCAGCUUUGAGGGCGAGGAUCUGAAGAACCCUCCGGCCCCCGACCAGGUCUUCGUGGACGCGCUGUCCAUCGUGAGCUGCGUGGUGCUGAAGAGCAUGCUGAAGCGGGAGUUCAACCUGUCGGCUGAGCAGUGUGCCACCUUCAACCCGCGAGAUCUGCGGCAGGAGCGCAUCAAGUCCUUCCCCGUGGUCUUCCGGGAGAAGGACGAGGGCGCGGUGAAGAGCCGCUUCCCCGCGGCGGAGUGGCUGGAGAAGGUGCUGCCUCUGGUGGACAACGUGGGGAAGCCCAAGGAGAUCGCGGCCUACAUCCGCAGGCUCACCGACGCAGACCCCUGGGACGACAGCCGCGCGCGGCACGAGAACAAGGUCGACGCCCUCGAGGGCCGGCGGGGCCGGCGCAAGAAGGUCGGCCCGGCGCCCACGCCUGGCCGGGGCAGGGGCCGCGGGAAAACUGCGGAGAAAGCUGCGGAGCCCAAGAAGAAGGGCAAGAGGCGUGGCUACGAGUCCGAGGACGACUCCGACUUCGAGGGGCCCAAGGGAAAGCGGCCCCGCGCGCGGCGGGAGCCACGGGAGGAAGUCGAGGCGGCCGAGGAGUCCGAAGAUCCCGAGCCCCCAGACAUCGACUGAGAUGGAUCAGCUGCAAGCCAAGCCCCUGAGGCA